UCGUAAUUUUGCCAUAUGAAAUUGGAUGUUAUACUUUUCAUAAUCUUUUUUUCAGGUGCUGCAAUGUUAAGCCUUGUUAAAAGCUGCAUCGGCACUAAGUUUACAGGACAAUUUGGCGAUCUAAUUGCUGAUCUUGCAAUCGAUGCUACCACAACAGUUGGUGUGGAUCUUGGGCAAGGUAUGAGGGAGGUCGACAUUAAGAAAUAUAUAAAGGUUGAGAAGGUUCCUGGUGGCCAGUUGGAAGAUUCAAAGGUUCUCAAAGGCGUCAUGUUCAAUAAGGAUGUCGUUGCUCCAGGUAAAAUGAAACGGAGGAUUGUGAACCCACGUAUUAUACUGCUCGACUGCCCGCUCGAAUAUAAGAAGGGUGAGAACCAAACGAAUGCUGAGUUGGUGAAGGAAGAUGAUUGGGAGGUUCUUCUGAAAUUAGAAGAGGAAUAUAUACAGAAUCUUUGCGCACAGAUUCUAAAAUUCAAGCCCAACUUGGUUAUAACGGAAAAGGGGCUGAGUGAUCUUGCUUGCCACUAUUUAAGCAAGGCUGGAGUUAGCGCUAUCCGUAGGCUGAGAAAGACAGACAACAAUAGGAUUGCGAAAGCUUCUGGUGCUGUCAUUGUUAACAGGCCUGAUGAGCUUCAAGAAUCUGAUGUCGGUGUCGGAGCUGGACUUUUCGAAGUCAGAAAGAUUGGAGAUGAAUUCUUUGCAUUUGUUGUUGAUUGCAAGGAGCCGAAAGCAUGCACUGUUCUGUUGAGAGGUGCUAGCAAGGAUCUUCUGAAUGAAGUUGAAAGAAAUUUGCAGGAUGCUAUGUCAGUAGCACGGAACAUUCUGAAAAACCCCAAGCUUGUUCCUGGAGGCGGGGCUACCGAGAUGACUGUUUCUGCGGCAUUGAAGGAGAAGAGCUCAUCAAUUGAGGGCGUUGAGAAGUGGCCCUAUGAAGCUGCUGCUGUGGCUUUUGAGGCUAUCCCAAGGACCUUAGCGCAAAAUUGUGGCGUUAAUGUGAUUAGAACAAUGACGGCACUUCAAGGAAAGCAUGCAAAUGGUGAAAAUGCAUGGGUUGGCAUUGAUGGGAAUAGUGGUGCCAUUGUUGACAUGAAGGAGAGGAAGAUCUGGGACGCUUACAAUGUGAAGGCGCAAACAUUUAAGACUGCCAUUGAGGCAGCUUGCAUGCUGCUGAGAAUUGAUGACAUCGUUAGUGGGAUCAAGAAAAAGCAGGCUCCAGGUGCUGGCCCCACUCCUUCCAAGCCUAAGGUGGAGGAGGAAGGAGACGCAGAUAACGAGCAGAUACUUCCAGAGUAGAAUUUAUCCUCUUUGGCGUAUCAGCUAAUUGCAAGUUUUCAUUCAGCGAUAUAUAUAUAUAUAAUGUUCAUGUAAUGUGCUGAUACCUUCUUGAUUGUAACACUAUGGUGUUUGCUCCAUUGACUGAUUUUUUAAAGAGGAUGUUUAUUAA